CGACGCGUCGAGACGGUCACGUGACGUAGUUACACGUUGUCAUGGAGAAUUUAUCUCUCAACGUUGGCAUUGCUGAGUGCGGGAGGUGCAGCGUCGAGCUGAAGCGAUUUAGAGGUUAGUUCGUCCUGGUGCAACGCGAUAUAACGUUAUUAUGGCACACUUGUUACCAUUGGUCUCUCUCGGGUUACAGAACGCCCGGCAAACUCUGGUAUCCUCCAGUGUCAACAACAUAGCGAAAGCAUGCGUGAGGCACGCUUCCAAGAAAAGCGGCUCCAGCACCAGAAACGCGGGUGGCCAUCCCAGACCAAAGCACAGAGGAUGGAAGGUACAGGAUGGGGCUACCGUAACUGCGGGCAGAAUAUUGGUCACACAGCUUAAACCCAGAUUCCAUCCGGGUCUCUACGUUGGUUUCGGACGAAAUGGGACUCUAUUCGCCAUGGAGCCGGGCAAAGUAAUUGUGACUUGCGAGAAAAUCGAUCCCAACUGGAAGCACUCUUGGAUAAGGAAGAACUACAGCGGCCGUGAAAAUCAAGUUAUAUACAAGAAACACUUUAAUGUUAUUCCUACUCCUCAGCACAAAAUAUUCAAAUUAAUGGACAAGAUAUAAAUAAAUAUGUACAGGAGGUGUUAAAGUUCCCUCGACUCUACGGUCUCAAAGUCCUAAUGUUUAGUUAAAAUAUAUCGUUGACUAUA